AUGAUAAGACGUGCUAGAUUUUUAAGUCCAUAAGAAAGAGUGAAAUCUCCUCCUACUCAAGUAAACUUACAUCUUCCACGUAAGUAGUCUCUUUUAAUGUCUGUAAGAACUAAUAUUAAUUAGACUGGUCCUUAUGUAUUUGAUUGCUCCUAAAUUAUUGGAAAAGGAUAAUAUUCUGUUGUGUAUAAAGGAUAUGAGUAGAAUAAGCCAAACAAAGUAGUGGCGGUUAAAGUGAUAACGAUCCAACCUAACAACCCAAUUCAAAGUUACAUGAUUGAAAACGAAAUCAACACUCUUAAACUUUUGGAUUCUCCUCACAUACUUAAACUGUUAUAUCAUAAUCAAAACAAUAAAACUGCAUUUUUAGUGACUGAAUUUUGCAACAAAGGUGAUCUUUUACAAAAAUUAUAACGAUCUCUAAUUUCAGAAGAAGAGGCACUACAAUAUACUCUACAAAUUGCAAAGGCUUUACAAAAUAUUCAUUAGCAUAAUAUAAUGCAUGGAGAUAUAAAAUCUGCAAACAUAUUACUAUCAGAUAGAUGUGUUUUAGCAGACUUUGGAUUUGCAUAGAAAAUAGAUUAGGCUUAAUAAACGUUUAUAAUAGGCACUCCUCUAUAUAUGGCACCAGAAGUUCUCUUCGAUAAUGAGAUAAAUUGCUAAGCAGAUAUGUGGUCUUUAGGUUGUGUUUUAUAUGAGAUGGUCUAUGGAUUAUCUCCAUUUUAUUCUGACAACAAUGAUAUAUUGAAAAAUACAUUAUUAAAGUUUAAAGAACAUGGUAAAUUAGCUUUUCCAAACACUGGGGUUUCUAAGAAGAUUUAAGCCUUAAUCUAAUACUUAAUUAGAAUAGAUCCAAAUCAAAGAUUUACAGCCGGUGACACUGUUUCUUUACUUGAACCAAGAAAUGUUGAUGAAUAGAUAAAAUUAAAUGAAAAUCAAAUUAAAAUAAAACAAGAACUAUUAAACUAGGAUGAAAAAGAAACAAUCGUUUAAAUACCUUAAUAAUAAUAAUAAUAAUAAUAAUAAUAAUAAUAAUAAUAGACCAAUAAUAAUGAUAGCAAUAUUAAUUCUAAUUCAUAAUCAAAUUAAACUCCUAUUUAGGAUAUUCAAUCUACUCCUGAUAACUAAAAAAAUACAAGAGACAACAAUUCAUAAGAUGAACAUAGAAGAAGUACUAAAAAUAGCAAUUCAAGUGCUAAGAGGAAAAAACUAUUGCAAUAACUAAAUAAUAUUAAUUAAAGGAAUAUAACAUCAUAAGUUAAUUAUAUUCCAUCAUAAUAAAAUUAGUAGUAAAAUACUUAAAACUCUGAUGUAAAGAAAUUUCCGUUAAAAACUCCUUAAUAUCCAUCAUAAAUUAAUCUGAUUAAUAACAACAACAAUAAUAAUAAUAUUAAUACUAAUAAUAAUAAUAAGAAUAAUACAAACAACAAUCCUAAUCCUAAUAAUACUAGUUCAAAUAAUAAAACUAUUUCUUUGUUAGAUUUGGUUAAUUAUUUUUAUAAAGUAUAUUAAUUAAUUCUAAAUGGGAAAGAGAUUAAGUUAGCUUUUAUUUAUCUAAAGCUUGUGAACAUUUACUAUUUGGCUUAUUUAGAGGAAUAAUCUAAAUAGUAGAAAAAAGUAAUAUUUGUUAGUUGCCAAAAUGAUUAUUUUGAAUUAGAAAGGGAGAUAAAGAAUAAAUAUCCUAUAUUGUUGAAAGAGGAGGAAUUUUAAAAAAUAUUCCAUAGCAAAUUUACUCUUUCAUAAGAUUUUCUAAGAUAUUCACUGAAUUAUUUGAAUAAAGCAGUCGUUGAUUAAUAGCAAGAUGAAAAAAUAACAGAGAAAAUAAAGAAGACUCUUCAAAUAAUAUAAAUUCUUGUAUCGGAUGAGAGAAGUAGCACACUUUAAUUAGAUUAAUAAAUUAUACGGCUUCAUAGACUUAAUUCUAAAGUUUGA